GCGGGUCCCGCGAUUAGCAAAAAAAAAAAAAAAAAAGGCGCCCGAAGCAAACAAACAAACAAGCCCCGGAGCCCGCGGCCGCGCCGCCGGCGGGAGCGUCCUCCCGGCUCCCAGUAGGAGGCGGAGAGCCAAGGGGCGUGCAGGAGCGAGGGGGCUGGGCUCCCGGGUGGCAGGGAGGCCGUGGCUCGGAGCGGCCGCCCUGGAUCCGGGCAAUGGGAGAGGAAACCGGCCAGGGGGCCGGCUCCCGAGCUUCGUAAUUCCUGUGUCGCCUUCUGGGCUCCCAGCCUGCCGGGUCGCAUGAUCCCUCCAGCCGGAGUUGCUUUUUUGUGCCAGCCGCCGCAGGCCGGCGGAGUUACCGGCAUCCCCUCUGCCACCUCCUUUCCCGACCCAGGAUACAAAAGAUCUUCCGGGGGCUGCACCUGCCCGCGGUCGCCCGAGACGGCUUUGAAUCUCUUUCUCUCCCUUCAGAACCUUCUCUUGCCUUGGGAUCACAGAAGAGAACCAAUAAGCAGAUACCAGACUCGGCAAGUGAGCAGGUGUUUUGGACAAUGGACUGGUCGAGCCCAUCCCUAUUAUAAAAAUGUCUCAGAGUAACCGGGAGCUGGUGGUUGACUUUCUCUCCUACAAGCUUUCCCAGAAAGGAUACAGCUGGAGUCAAUUUAGUGAUGUGGAAGAGAACAGAACUGAGGCCUCCGAAGGGACUGAAUCGGAGAUGGAGACCCCCAGUGCCAUCAAUGGCAACCCAUCUUGGCACCUGGCGGACAGCCCCGCGUUGAAUGGAGCCACCGGCCACAGCGGCAGCAGUUUGGAUGCCCGGGAGGUGAUCCCCCUGGCAGCAGUGAAGCAAGCGCUGAGGGAGGCGGGUGAUGAGUUUGAACUAAGGUACCGGCGGGCAUUCAGCGACCUGACGUCCCAGCUCCACAUCACCCUAGGGACAGCAUAUCAGAGUUUUGAGCAGGUAGUGAAUGAACUCUUCCGGGAUGGGGUGAACUGGGGUCGCAUCGUGGCCUUUUUCUCCUUCGGUGGGGCACUGUGCGUGGAGAGCGUAGACAAGGAGAUGCAGGUAUUGGUGAGUCGGAUUGCAACUUGGAUGGCCACUUACCUGAAUGACCACCUAGAGCCUUGGAUCCAGGAGAACGGCGGCUGGGACACCUUUGUGGAACUCUACGGGAACAACGCGGCGGCCGAGAGCCGAAAGGGCCAGGAACGCAUCAACCGCUGGAUCCUGACGGGCGUGACUGUGGCUGGCGUGGUUCUGCUGGGCUCGCUCUUCAGCCGGAAAUGACCAGACACUGACCACCCCCUCGCCCUCACACCCCGCUCCACUCCUCAUCACACCCCUCUGUCCGGCCACCAUCGCCACCAGGAGAACUAACUACUCCAUGCCACCCACACCGCCCGCCCCGGGUUGGGCCUCCACUGGCCCCGCAGUUAGUUUUCUAGGAUUCACCGUGCUGCUUCUGUGAGCGCCGCCUUCCCCCACAGUGCAGUUCUCCUGGCCUCAGAUCCACAAGGUUUCCCCAAAAUCUGCCCCAUGGGAGCUGGCAGGUGGGGGGUGUGACCGGGGGCGCUGGAGGGCCCUCCCUGAGUGGUGGAACCCCCUUAUCCCUUAGCUUCCCCAGGAAUGCUUUCCUGCCAGGGAGCUGGAGAGUUUUCUGACCCUUUUCCCCAGAAAGAGACUAGAUUGCCUUCGUUUUGAUGUUUGUGGCCUCAGAAUUGAUCACCCCCUGACCCCGCCCCCCUCCCUCCCAGGACCCAGACUCCCCUUCUUUCAUCCCCGCUUCCCAAGAGCUUUGGAGGGGCCACUUCUGACUAGUUUAGGAAUUCAGGCUGCUUGAGAUAAGGAAGCAAGGACCAGGACCCUCUCCCCACCUCUGGCCUGGCCAGAGUCCCCCCCUGACCCCCACCCCCCAGGCCCAGCGUCCCCCAGCGGGGAGGGAGGGGCUCGAGCUGCAGGAAACACCCCAUGCCAAAGCUAGGGUGGGCCUUGCUGGCAGCACCACCCCGGUCCCCUUCCCCUCCCGGCUCCCAUGACCGUGAUUGAGGGACCAACGGGGGGCCCGGGACGGCACCCCAGAGCUGUCGAUGGCUUCAGCUGCCUCGCCUUCUGUAAGAUCAGCCUGCGGCACCUUCGCCCCAGGCGGUCGCCCCUCUGGUCCAGGGGUUGUUCAGGGGCCUUGGCAGAGGUGAAGGGGAGCUGUCGGGUCUUCCCUACCUCAGGCAGGAAGGGCAGGAAGGAGCCCGGUGCAGAGCGGGAAGGCGGCCCAGCAGAGGGCCCGACCCGGCCCGCCUGCGCAGCCGGGCUGCCAAGGGGAGGGUGCCCCGGCCAGGAGCCCGCAGGCCUCCCUCCCUCCUCUGCUCCGCUCAUGGCCUGUCACCCUGGGGGUCCCGGCCCAGCCCUGGCCACCCCGGGCUCUCUGCUGUACAUAUUCGAGACUAGUUUUUAUUCCUUGUGAAGAUGAUAUACUAUUUUUGUUAAGCGUGUCUGUAUUUAUGUGUGAGGAGCUGCUGGCUUGCUGUGCGUGUGCACGUGGAGAGCUGGUGCCCGGAGACCGAACGGCCUGACGCUCCCUGCCCUGCCCUGCCCUGCCCGGGGGUCCUGGCUCCUGAGGGGCCCCUGCCUCUCCCCCGCCCCCGCCCCUCACUUGUUCCAGCUCUUUGAAAUAGUCUGUGUGAAGGUGAAAGUGCAGUUCAGUAAUAAACUGUGUUGACUCAGUGAA